UGUGCGGUGUGCCCCCAUUCAUUUUGAACUUAAAUUUGUUCGUUGAGGCAAACGGUUGGUAAACUCUCUCUCUCUCAAACCCUUGUUCUGUUACCAAAACAGAGAUGAUGAUGAUCAUCAAUUUGGACCCACAAUUGUCCCUCUCUCACUCAAUCACUUCCCUUUUCUUCCUCUUCUCUCCGCAUAUCUCGCACCAAUCACAUCCCAAUUACACUUCAUUUCAAUAUUUGGCUGGUUGUUUGCACAAAGCUUACAUUUUUACAUUAGGGUUUUGUUUCUUUAAGGGUUUACUCAAUUCUUGGGCAGAUUCUUUGCCCAAUUUUGAAUUCUUUAUAGUUUAAAACUCGAUUAUUCCCAAAAUGUAUCAAUUUGUUUGAUGAAUUUUGGGUGAAGGUAAUGGGGUGUGUUAAUUCAAAGCAUAUGGUUAGGUUUUACUGUUCUUUAGGUAAUUCUUCACUGAAGAAUCAUGAUCAUAUUGAUAGUCAUGUUAUUAAGUCAUUGAAGAAUAUGAAGAAGGGAAUACAAGUUAAUGAUGAUAGGAGGAGGAGUAAGGAUAGAGAAAAUCAUCAUCUUAUUGAUACUUGGAAUGGAGAUGGAGAGUCUUCAAAUUUCGGUUCGAUUAAUUUGAAAUUUGAAAGGAUUAAGGAAGCAGAACAUGUUGCUGCUGGAUGGCCUUCUUGGCUUAGUGAGGUUGCGAGUGAAGCCAUCGAUGGUUGGCUACCUUUGAGAUCCGAUAGCUUCGAAAGAUUGGAAAAGAUCGGACAAGGUUCAUACAGCAGUGUCUACAAAGCACGUCACGUCAAAAGUGGUAGAUUUUUUGCACUAAAAAAGGUGCGUUUUCAAAAUCUAAAGCCAGACAGUGUAAAGUUCAUGGCUCGAGAAAUCACAAUCCUCCGUACGCUCAACCACCCAAACAUCAUGAAACUAGAGGGGUUAAUAACAUCCACAUUAUCAUGUAAAAUAUACUUUGUUUUUGAAUAUAUGGAACAUGAUCUCUCUGGAUUAUUGUCAUGCCCCGACAUCAAGUUCAGUGAGUCCCAGAUUAAAUGCUAUAUGAAGCAAUUAUUGAACGGUAUCGAACAUUGCCAUUCACUUGGAGUUCUACAUCGAGACAUUAAAACCGCAAAUAUUUUGGUGAAUAACGAAGGGAUUUUGAAGAUUGGCGAUUUCGGUCUAGCAAAGUUCCACGGUCCUGACUGCAGGGAACCGUUGACCGGUCAUGUAGUGACUUUGUGGUAUCGGCCUCCUGAACUUCUUCUAGGAUGCACGAAUUACGGGACGUAUGUUGACCUUUGGAGUGUGGGAUGUGUUUUUGCUGAACUUUGUUUUGGGAGACCGAUCCUUAAGGGCCGAACUGAGGUGGAACAAUUGCACAAAAUAUUGAAGCUUUGUGGAACUCCCCCUGAUGAAUACUGGAACAAGUCGAAACUUCCUCUUGCAACGAUGUUUAAACCGCAUCAUGCUUAUCAAAGUAGUCUUCGGGAAACGUGUAAGCAGCUCCCGGAAACUGCGGUUGACCUUAUUCACACGUUACUUUCUGUAGAGCCUUGCGAGCGUGGGACUGCUACAUCUGCCCUCAAAUCUGAGUAUUUCCAUACGAAGCCUUAUGCGUGUGAUCCCGCUAGCUUGCCGAAAUAUCCACCUAACAAAGAGAUUCAGGCAAAGGUCCACGAGGAAGCCGCAUGUAGAAAGAAGCCAGGUGGCAUGGUUUGGGCAUCCGGAGCUUCAACAAGAGUCCCUACCGAUGCCCCUCAUAUUGCAAGAAGAAACAAUGGCGGUGGUUCGUAUUCAAAAGCGUCGCUCGACACAGUGUUGGGGCUUUCACAAACUACACACGGGUCUAAAUCCGAAGGGAUUUGUGCACUCCCCACUCAAGCGACUCCUUCAAAUGGUGGUUUUCUGUGGGCAACAAGAAGGCGGAAAUAUGGCGGCAAUUCGACCCUGAGUGGUGGUGUCGUGGCGGUGCAUGCAGCCUCCCAACAAAUGCCGGAAAAUGGGGAAUCUACGAGCGUUGUUUGUAGUGGAUUUAGAAAUUGUAGGCUGCAAAGUCUUAAUCAGUCCGCUUCUUUUGAUUCGUCAAAAGUACAUAACUCUCAGGAUUUACUGAAUGAUGAUCAAGAAACCUUUUUUGAUGCUCGCUCCCACUGCUGACUCCAUCACACAAAACUCCGGGGUUCAAGAACUCAUAAAUCUCGAUAUUUGUUGAGUCAACUCUUUUGCUAGACAUCUACAAAAGUCAAACUAAAAAAUGGCCAAGAACACAAUGGAGAAGGGAUCAAGAGGAUAAAGUUUCGUCGACUGCUAGUCUGCUACUAAUGUAGGUAUUUGACCACGAUUAACAAAGUCAAUCUUGUUUAAUCUCAAGCAGCAAAGAACUUUCUCCGGCAACUCUUCGGGUUUCUGAGCCUGUGAGGUAUUUUAAAUCAUAUUCGUUCUUGUUUGUAAAAAAUAGAUAGUGAUACACUUAUACUAGUUUAGUUUACAAUUUACCUGAAUUGUUAGGCCGAGAUUCAUUAUCCCGUCUUUAAGGCGUUCACGAAACGCAUCUAAUCCCUUUCUUGCUAUGUAACUAAACCGAUGAAUGUCCAGGUCAACUUCAAAGUAA